AUUCGUAACGAGAAAGCUGAAGCACGGCCUGCAAAAUUCCGUUUGCUCAGAAUAAAAAUCACCUUGUCGGAUGGACUUGAAAGGACCCAACAAUACCACUACAGAUUAUGAUUGCCUUUCAUUAUCACAUCCAAAUUCUGUCCUCACUGCCUCUAUGCUAAACCAUGAAUCAUCACUCAAGUCUCCUUUUGUCUUUCUCCUCGGUUUUCGAGAAGGGUUCUACUAAUUGACGUGUUCCCAAAAAAAAAAAGGAAAAAAGGUAAAUAGCAGAUUGGCGGUGGCUUCUCUUAAGGUGGAUGCUUGAAUUGCAGAGUUUAGACAUCUAUAUGCGAGCAUUUCGUAGUUAGGUGUUCUAAUGCUGGAGAAAGCAAACGAUGGUUAAGAGUAGUUUUAUUUUGAUUCUUAUUUUUGUGAUCCUAUUUGGUCUCUUCUCAUCAACUUCGGCCACACCUAUUGCAAGUAAGUAUAAAAAAUUGUGACUGGGGUUGUCUCUAAUGCGGUUUCUGCUCUUCUUAAAUGGCUGUGGUCGUUGAAAUCCACCGCCAAACCAGGUAAGGGUAAUCAAUUUUCGGUGAAGCACAGCCGUUCCAUGAUGAAAUUUGAGAGUGGCUACACUGUGGAGACAAUAUUCGACGGAAGCAAUCUGGGAAUUGAGCCAUACUCAGUUGAAGUAUCAUCAAAUGGGGAGUUUCUGGUGUUGGAUUCCGAGAACAGUAACAUUUACAAGAUCCAUAGUCCAGUGUCUACAUAUAGCAAACCAAAAAUCCUUGCUGGAUCGGCUGAAGGGUACACUGGACACAUAGAUGGGAGGCCUAGAGAAGCAAGAAUGAACCAUCCUAAAGGACUUGCAGUGGAUGGCAGAGGCAAUGUUUACAUUGCAGACACAAUGAAUAUGGCCAUAAGAAAAAUCAGUGAUGAAGGAGUGACCACAAUUGCAGGAGGAAAAAGGGGACAACUAGGAGGUCACGUGGAUGGUCCAGGUGAAGAUGCAAAGUUCUCAAACGAUUUUGAUGUAGUUUAUGCUGGUAGCAGCUGCUCUCUUUUGGUGGUGGAUAGAGGAAACCUGGCAAUCCGAGAGAUUCAACUCCAUCACCAUGACUGCACUACUUACCGACAGCAGCAGGAUGAAGAAGAAGAUGAUGAUGCCAGUUUCCACUUAGGAAUAGCAGUGCUGGUUGCUGCAGGAUUUUUUGGCUACAUGCUGGCAUUGCUACAUUGGAGGGUCAGAGCAAUGUUUUCGUCCUCUGAUGAUCCAAGAGCUUAUUAUAAUACAAGGAAAGGCACGCCAGUUGCAGCACAGCAAAGGCCUCUGAAGUCGGUGAGGCCUCCGUUGAUUCCCAGCGAAGAAGAAUACGAGAAAGAUGAGGGUUUCUUUGGUUCUAUUGGAAGGCUUUUCGUGUAUUCAGGGUCAGCUUUUGUAGAGAUAUUUGGGAGUCUGUUCAGUGGAAGUUCUAGAUGUAAAAGGAAAGCCAUGCAUUACCAGUACCAGCAGCACAUGAACAGACAUUCCAACGCGUGGCCCGUGCAAGAGAGCUUCGUGAUUUCUGAUGAAGACGAACCUCCUCCGAGUUUAGAAACAAGGACCCCGACUCCUAGAGAAACGUGCCCUUAUAUGAAUCAGAAGGACCUGGAAAAGCCUGCCCUGCAACACUUGAACCCACCUCGAGGGGCUUACAUGAGCAACAGGUGGGAUGGUGGUGAGUAUGAUCAACAGAUUCAACAGCAACGCAAGCACCAGAUUCAUCACAAGCAUUAUUCAUCGGGCCCUCAAACCUACUAUGAUCAGAAUUGCGAGCCGAAUGAGAUUGUGUUCGGGGCAGUUCAGGAGCAGGAUGGGAGACGUGAGACCAUGGUCAUCAAAGCUGUUGACUAUGGCGAUCCUAAGUAUAAUCUCCGACCUCGAUUGAACUAUGUCGGCUAUUCCCACGGUUAUUGAACAUCUUAGCCUCCAGAGAGGGACUCGUCAGUCCCUGAAUGGUUUCUUCUCAGCCGUAAAUGCUGUAAAUUUAACCAGUACUAAUGCUUUUGUGAAGUUCUUCUUCGCUGAAUGUCUCUUCCAAUUUAUAAUGCCAUUGGAGAUUGUACAAUUUGAAAGAGAAAGAAAAGAAGCUCUCUGCCACUGCAGAACUGUUAGCGACUAAAUACGUACCCAGCUGUUUUGUAUA